AUGAAGGUCUUGGGUCCCCACGCAGGGAAGGUAAAGCAAGCGAAGGAAGCGGUCACAAAGAUGAUCUCACAGCUCAGCCCACCCCGAGCUCGCGUGUUGAUCCGUCAAGUGAUGUUGCCCAAGAAGGCUGGUGUUGGCUUGCAAGUGGCAGGUCUGAAGAAGAUCGUGGACCUGCGCAUCCCGGACCCGCUGGAGCUGUACACUUACGUGUGGCGCAAAGGAGAGUGCCAGAGAGAUGUGGCAGGCAGUAUCCUCUCCAAAGUCGCGACAUCCAGCGAGUUCCGCCCGGAAGAUGUUCGCAUCUACUUCGAUUACUUCGACCGCACCGACAACCCAGAUGACCAAGCGCACGUGGCGAAUACCUUGUUGGACCAGCUCAUCGAACAGCCUGAAUGGGUCCUGCCUUAUCUGCCCAAGGUGGUGUCAAAGCUGGCUAUGGUGCCCGGUGCCACUAUGAAAGCUGUGCAAGGCUUGACGCAUUGCACCUCCAACGUCACCGAUGUAGUGGAAGCAUUGACGAGGGUAUUGCAGGCUUGUCGCUUAGCCACUCGCACCGAUCCAAAGAUGAACAAGGAGGGCACGGAUGGACGAGUCCUGGCCGACUUGAUCAGCCAGCAUGCCUUCAGCCCCUUCUCUGACAUCGUGAACAGCGUUGGGCGGAUGUCUGUCGAAGAGUGCACGCCAGAGACCCUGAAGGAAUUCCUGGGCGAGGUCUUGCGGCGAUGGCACGACGAGCAGACCUCCGACAGCAGCUCCGCUCGCGCGUGCCUGACGUGCGCCUUGACGGUCUGGGUGAAGUUGCUCCGGCCUGGCCAGCACGAGGUUUGGGUCAAAGAGAUUGCGGCCAUGGAGAGCCGGCUUUUGUCGCAAGGGAACGUGAGCAACCUGGGGCAGUUUGCACAGGCCUUAGCAGGCUAUGCACCUGGCAUGGGUCUUUCCCCUGACGAAUGGGAUCAGAUGCUCUCGGUGCUGCGCACGCUCUUCGUGCGGCUUUUUGAAGGUCCCUUGCUGGUCAACACCAAGACUGUGGAGCAGAAGCUGCCCGCGGAUGACAGCUUCACGAAGGAGAACAAGGCUCGCGAAAGCGUGCAGAUGGAUCUGAUGGUCGACCACUGGCCAAGUUUGCUCUCGCACGGAUGCAGCGAAGAGGAGUCAAAUGAGCUUUUCAAGAGAUGCCCCGAGAAGUGGAAAGUGAAAUUGGCUCAGAAGUUGAUCGACUCCUGGUGGGCCCGGUACGAAGAAGAGUCGGUCCGCGACAGCAAGCAGGCGGCUUUCCAGCAAGAACGCCCUGAUGGAGGCUGGCAACAUUCUGGUGGCAAGAAGGUCUCUGAGAUUGUUGUCGGCUCCAUCGUGAGCGGCACCGUGACGAACAGCUCAAACACCUUUGGUGUCUAUGUGAACUUCGGCUGUGAGAAGGAUGGGAAGCUUUCGGUACCACAGACCGACUGGAAGAAGUACAGGGUGGGCGACAAGGUGGAUCGCAUGGUGGUGAACAAAGUGAACGUCGACAGGAAGUUCGUGGACUUGCUGGUGGUCGGCUCGAAGGGGCAAACAGUUGGCUUGGAAGCCUCCAAGAAGGUGGCUCAGAGAGCAUUGAGCUGGAUCUCUGGUAAUUCUGAGCUGAGGAGCACCUUCAUGGUUACCUUGCAGAAGAUGUUAGCCAAGCUCAUUGUGGCCGGCACGGGCGAAGAGUUCGAAACCAGCCUCCGUCUCCUAGGGCCAGCUUUGGACGCCAAAGAAAGCGUGCGCUUGGUGCAGCUGGUCUUGGAUCAGAAGCCUGCCUCUGCAUUGGUUCGUGUAGUGCUCUUGUGGCUCAGCAGGAGCUCUCCAGAGGAUGCAGUGCGCCUGUGGCCCAACCUCAUUCAAACCACGCGCGACAAACCUCAGAGCGAGGACUUCAAGACCUUGCUCAAAUUAUGUGAAGCCAACGGCUUGGAACUUCCCAAAUUCUCUCAGGCCGUGAGCAAAGCUAUGCCAGAAGAAGCCCUGAAAAGUCUUUGUGCUUCAUCUCUUCCUGAGGCACGCUUGGCUGCGAUCCAUGUCCUGCGGGAGCAGCACAAGAGCGGCGCGCCACCUGAGCAGCUGAAGAUCUUAUGCAACGACCAAGUGGCGGUGGUCCGCGCAGCUGCCAGAGACCACUGGGUGGCAUUGGGAGGAAAAGACGAGGGCUGGCAGAAGAAAAAGGAGGCCCAAGAGGAAGAGGAUGAGGAUGAAGAGGGCGCAUGA